AGGGGCCCCUGGAAGAAGCUGCAGGGAGCCCCCUAAAGGAGCCAGGGGCUGGGGGUGCCAAGGUGCCCCCCGAGCCCCCAGCCAUGCAGAGCAAUGGCACGGAGGAGGACCCGUCCAAUGCCACAGUGCAGGUGCCGGGCGGGCAGCCGGGGCACAAUGUGGCCGCCCUGGUGCUGGGCAUCCUCCUCAUCCUCUUCAUCAUCUGCGGGAACCUGCUGGUUUGCCUCAGCGUCUGCAUGGAGCGGGCGCUGAAGACCACCACCAACUACUUCAUCGUCAGCCUGGCCGUGGCCGACCUGCUGCUGGCCAUCCUGGUCCUGCCCCUCUACGUCUACUCGGAGUUCCAGGGAGGAGUGUGGUCCUUGAGCACUGUGCUGUGUGACGCCCUGAUGACCAUGGAUGUGAUGCUGUGCACAGCCUCCAUCUUCAACCUCUGUGCAAUCAGUGUGGAUCGGUUCAUCGCUGUCUCCAUCCCACUGAACUAUAACCGGCGGCAAAUAGACCUGCGCCAGAUCGUUCUCAUCUCCACCACGUGGAUCUUUGCUUUUGCCGUGGCUUCACCGGUCAUCUUUGGCCUCAACAAUGUCCCCAACCGAGACCCCACCUCAUGUCGCCUGGAGGACAACAAUUACAUCAUUUACUCCUCUAUCUGCUCCUUCUUCAUCCCCUGCCCAGUCAUGCUGGUUCUCUACUGUGCCAUGUUCCAGGGACUCAAGCGCUGGGAGGAGGCUAGGAAGGCCAAGCUACGGAGCAGCAUGUGUGCAGGCAACAGGACGUUAUACUGCCCAUCACCCCUCUUUGAGAGGAAUCACAUGGACAUCAGGCUGGAGGAGCGCAACAUGUACAACCACUCUGAGUGCUCUUUGCCCAAGGGGUACAUGAUGAACAAUGGCAUUCAAACUGUCUCUUACCCUCACCUCAAGUACACCCACCCAGGACACAAACAGAAACAGGCCAAGAUCAAUGGCCGUGAGAGGAAGGCUAUGAAGGUGCUACCAGUUGUAGUUGGUGUUUUCCUCUUUUGCUGGACACCCUUCUUUGUGGUCCACAUCACAGGAGCGAUAUGUACAACCUGCACCAUCCCCACUAAAGUCACCAGCAUUGUCACGUGGCUGGGCUACGUCAACAGUGCUCUGAACCCCAUCAUCUACACUAUCUUCAACGCUGAGUUCAGGAACUUCUUCCGCAAAGUGUUGCACUUCUUUUGUUAAUGCUGCCAGUGCCAGGAGCCAACAUGGCAGCAUGGAGAGAAGAUCCAGCCUUGGUAGAGGACUGGUUAUGUUGGGGGGGGUUUUGUAUAGUUCAUUAAAGUUUUAUUUCUUGUUAUG